AAGAUGGCGGACAACAGACCAAGAGUGACUUCAGCGCGGGAAGCAAUAGAGGGUAUGUACAUUGCGUUUGAGGGAUUCGAUUGUUUAGUUGGUAAACGUUUUAGUGUAUGAUAUGGUCUAAACAUCUUUCAGAUGUAUAAUAUUCGAAAAAAACUUUGGCUUAAGUUAUUCUUUUACACGUAUAUUAAAACCUUACAUCCUUUAUAGUUUUCGAGUUUUCUCUUUUGCUGAUGAUGCAUAUGUCAUGAGAAUUACUUUGGUAGGGGACCAAGAAAAGGUAGAAGGUUCUGUCGCAUUUUACAGCUGAUUUUAUUACAUGCAAGCUUACUUUUGCAGAGAUGCCAACCUCUAGAAAUCUAAAAUCUGGGCUCACUCUUUUGCAUUACCCCCCCCCGCCCCCGAAUAUCAACACGACCAAACCCCCCCCAUCCCCAACCCUGACCACCCGAUGUGAUCCAGACCCUAAUUUAUCACGUGGGAAUGGCUUAGGACAUUAUAUAAAGUCUUACAUGAGGUACAGACCAUCAAAAUUCACUUGUAUGAUUGUAAUGGCAAAAUAAUCUUUGUUAAUGAUAUAUGAAAUAAAUGAUACAUGUAUUGUGGAAAUGAAAUAAAAAGGAAGAAAUGAGCGUCACAAUUUAUGCAGUGGCGUAAAGAAGCCUGAAAAAUAAAAGUCCUGAAUUUUUUUCAGGUUUCUUUACGCAAUUGCUUAAAUUGUAUUCACUGUGACGAUCAUUUCUUCAUUUUCAUUUCAUUUCCGCAGUUCAUAUAUGAUUUAUUUCAUAUAUCAUUAACAUUCAUUUCUUUCACGGGAACAUAUGAACCCACAAUUGACCUGCUCCCAACAUCAGUGGCUUCAUAGCUCAGUUGGUAGAGCAUUGCACCAGUAUCACGAGGUCACGGGUUCAAACCCCGUUGAAGUCCUGAAUUUUUUUCAGGCUUCUUUACGCAAUUGCAUAAAUUGCGUUCACUGCAACGAUCAUUUCUUCAUUUUCAAAAUAAUCUUUGUCAGUGAUGAAGUGUGAGCAAAAAUGCCCCAGAAACCAAACUAUGAAUAAUAGAAAAUUGAAUUUUCGGAGAAAAUGGGACAAAUUCCCAAUUAAAGCGCAGAAAAGUUCAUAACUCGAUUUUAUCCGGGAGAUUUGGUGACCCAUGUGUGAGACCGGGAGAUUGGUGUUAUAUCCAGGAGAGUUGGCUUAUAUGCUUUUAGGGCACAAUUUGGGCACUCUUACACUUUCCCAUUGGGCGACCCUAUGGGUUGCUUUAACUUUUAUACAGUGCUAUGAACCUAUCAUCGGCCAUCCACUGAUGGGGGGACCUCGAACAAAUACAACUUUGUAUGGGGACUUAAAGGGGGACUUAAAGAGUUACUUAUCCCUGAAUUGGGGAAAAUGAGCAAGGUUUCGCAAGAGAAAACCUCGGGCAUUGUACAUAGAAUUCCAUAGAUUUCAAGUUGUUCACUUUUCCAGAAGAUUGUGGGCUUACCUCUCUCCUCGUGGUGAAAAUAAUCUAUGGCAGACUCAGCAGUUCAUGUAUCAUUGUGUAAAUUCAUGUAAAGUACUAUUUUCUUAUCAGGUGAGCUGGGUCAUUAUAAUGGCAUCUCAAGUUUACUAUGGUUUCAUGUUGUUCAAUAUGAUAGCCCUCUAGGAGGGGAAUUUCUUAACUUUGAUUGCUCUUUACCUCCAUCAAGGUGGAAAAAAUCUAAUACUGUAAGCACUUUCACAUAGUCCUUUGCAAAGUACCCUCCCUUGGGCAGGGUCCCCUUGAGGGGAUGGCCAAUGAUAAGUGCAGGACACUGACUAGUACAGAGUUACAAUAUGUUUGGCUUAACUUUAUCUUUUAGCACUGGUAGAGAUUUCCAAGCUGCUAAAUACUGGCCUUGACACUGAAUCUUUAGCUGUUUGUGUUAAGCUGUGUGAAGCAGGUGUGAAUCCUGAAGCUUUAGCAUCUGUAGUACAAGAGCUUAGAAGAGAAGCUGGCGCUCUUCAGGUAAUUAUCGCACAACUGUCACCUGUUCUCUUUUUUUUGGGGGUCGGGGGGGGGGGGGGGGUAUAAAAUUGAAAGUUUUGGUCUUGCUUAAGGUGGUUAGAAUGGAAAACCAAUAUUGUUACACAUACAGGUGUCAUUGAGAAACUGCCCACGUACCCCUCUCCUAAGCCAACAUUUUUCUUUAAGUGAGAAGUAAGUGUUAAUGUUGGCUUAGGGGAGGAGUAAGUGGGCAGUUUCCCAGAAAUGUAUAAUGAUCCAUUUAUUGUACAUUCCUAUUUAUGAAAAACAAAACCAAGACAACAUUGAUGUCAACAUCUUUUCACCCAGUACUAUUAAAAUCAAUUUAGUUCUUAUUUUGUCUUAUGGUCCCCUUUACAUAGGGGCCAAGUAAUAAAAGCCUGAGACACACCCAGAUUGGUCUUCCUUAGGGGGUUUCACGUAGACUUUCCCACAAGUCAAGUCAAGCUCAAAUUCUUCAUGAGCACGAAGCGCGAGCAGUAGAUUUUUUAUGUUUCCUGCAGCAAAAGUGAGCGAAAGCGGGAGCUUUGCGCUGGAGCCAACUACUCCUGGAACUGGAAAUGAGAAACGAAGGACUUUGAGAAAGUCUAGGGUUUCAUGCUAAUGUUUUGAUGAGGGUGCCUCUGCUUUCAUUGGAGAUGCCCAGGAGAGGUACACUGUGGAGGUUAUCGAACCCAUAUCUGGUGUAUGAAAAAAAUUUCCCUCUUUUGCUACAUUCAACAGUGUUCUUGUUUCCACUUUGUAUGUAGCCAAUCAUCAGCAAUGUGAUCCACAUCAUUCUUACCUUUAGGGUACGAAUUACAUGGAAAUGCCCUGGACCAAGCAGCGUGCAAAGAAAGUACUGUCCGAUAGCCCGGGGCUAGUGGAUUUUGCUAUCGGGCUAGUGAAUUCUGUUUUUAACUUGCCCGACGGGCAAGUGAUGUUUUAUGAGGAAUCUGAAUAACAGAAGAACAAAACGUUUUUGGGGCUAGUUGAAAUGACGUCUGGGCUAGUAAAUGCUAGCUUCAGCUUGCCCGAAGGGCAAGCUGUAAAAAUGAUUUUCUUUGCACUCUGCCAAGUGGUUCAAAGUCCAGUUAGUUCUGUUCUUGGGUUAACCGUGAACAAACUAAGCUUAGAUAUCUGCUCAAUGUUUUGCUUUCAGUAAACGAUGUGAAAAAUACAUGUAUAUCCUAGGGCUAAUUUAAUAAAACUUUUACGAGUGCUACUUACAAAUGUGUGUGUUGUUUUAGUGUCUAAAAACAGUAGCUAUACUGUUAAUUACCCUUGUAAUGGUUUCAUCAAAUUGACCCCUGACCAAGUGGCAAAAUCUUUGUCAAUACCAAGACCACUAACUUUCUGAUGUAAUUACCAUUAAUGGAUUUUUUUACCAGCCCCAUUUUUACAUAUAUUAUUAUUUCCUGUAAUUACCAGUUAAAUUACAUAGAAUAUUAAUUUUAGAGGAGAGCGUGUUUGGUAAGUGAGUUCAACAGAAUACUUUUCAGACCCUGAUGGGAGGUUUUCAUGUUGUUUUGCGAAAGGUCUCUUGCAACUUGACCUGCAGGGAGCAAAUGCUUUUUUCGGCUUGGUGGGUGAAAAAGCAGAGAAAAGCAUCUGCUCCGCACAGGCUACUUGCAACUACUUCAUUCUGGAUGUUUAUCCCUUCUUGGUUUCAGGCGCAAGAUAGUGUGGAGAGAUGAAAAGAUGACAUACCAAAUAACAACAUUACCCUUGGAAGCAAUCAGGCAGCCAUACCAACAGAAGAAAGAAGAGAAAAUAUAAGAGGGACUGCCCUAAAUAGAUUUAAAGUAUUUUAGAGUCUUAUCAUGCUGCUAUUUGAAAUGCAUAUCAUGUAUAUAGAUGAUACCGUAAAACUCUGAAAAUAAACCCCUCCAAAAAAAAGCCCCCCAAACUUGUAACACAAAAAACCCUCCGUUAAAUCGCCCCUCCUAAUAUAAGCCCCCCGGGGGCUUGUACCUGGAAAAUUGCCCUCAAAUACAGAGUAAAACAAAGCAAAAAUGGUAAAUUUACUUCCAACUAUAAGGCUAGUCCGAUCGAUUUCGAAACACAAAUUUCCCUCCGUAGAUAAGCCCCUCAAAAAGGGCCUUUGAAAAAUAUAAGCCCCGGGGCUUAUUUUCGGAAUUUUACGGUAUUUGCAAAGAUUUCAAGUGGAAAGAGUUUCUACCAUCAUAAAUUUAGAUGCCAUUGUACAGUGUUUAAGGGUAAUUUUUUCAUGAACUACAAACUGUUUUUGCUAACAACACUUUUUAUGUGUUUCACUCUACUGUCACAUUAUUAUUAAUGACUCAAUGAUGGUGGCAUAUGAAGAAACAAAAGUCUUGAAAAAUUCUUUCUGUAUGUACCAUCCUCCUGCCAGACCCUAUGAAUCAUUCUGCCUGUGAAAACCUUGUGUCAAAGGAUGACUUGCCUCACAGAUCUCCUUUUUCUAAUGAACUGUUAAUUCUGUUUCAGUCGGGUAUUUUAUUUGAUCAAGGACACCAUUUACAACUUGUUUAAAGUACUGUGAGCCUCAUCACAAUUUUAUUUCUCCAGUUACUCUAAGAGUUUAAGAUAUGUAAAGAGCUAUCAGAGUUGAAAGAAAAAAUACCAGAAC